GUGGAAUCUAAACUAUCUGAAUUAUCAAUUCAAUACAACCUCAUCCGAACUCUCUUAAAGUAUUUAAGCACAAGCAGAUUCUCUGACCCAAUCCAUUAGAGGCUAGAAGUAACCGCAAUUAUGGCAUAUCCAAUAUCUCCAGCUUCGGCUGCAGACUCUGACAGUCGGGUGCCUGAGGCAGCUGUAGUUGGCUUCGUCCGACCACUCCCCAACACGAUCACGUGCCCGACCGGUCAAGAAGCUGUUAGACACCGGCCCAGGGCUUCCAAUAGAACAUCGACAAGCUGGACAUCGGCCAGACCAAGCAUUUAACAACUUCUGCCGCCUCACUUCUUUCUCCUCAGUCUUCCAAUGCCAUCUCGGAUCCAUCAUGCACCCCCCAGCACCCGCUUUCAACGGCCCCCUGCGCCUUGCCCAGCUCUCUGAUUUGCCACGCAUCGGCGUCGUUGCUGCUGCUGGAUUUUACCAUUCGCCAUGGUUCGCGUACGAACGGCCCUACUCUUCUCAGUAUCCCUUGGACACACUGGCCAGUUACAGAAAGUCCUUCCGGAGCGCAAUUCUCGAUCCCGAUUCCGUCGUUCUCGUUGUUGAGGAUACCUUGAGCGAGACUGAGGCCGCCUCUGUCUACGCCGCUCUUUCAGGAGUAUACCCGUCUUUUGAACAGCAAAUCCCAAAACACCUCCUUAAUCAGAACAAAGCCGUUGUGGCCGUUGCUAGCUUCGCGCUUGUCCCAAACUCCAACCGCCGGGGCCAGUUCCAGCCUCAUGGGGACAACGCUGAAGCCCCCGACGAUGCCGUGUCCAACCGGGACAGAAAUAACACGGCAUUUACCAUCAUAGAGGAGGUCCUGCAUCCACAGGAGGUCGAAACCUUCAAUGGCCGCAUGGUUAUCGACAUGAUGGUCACACAUCCCGCGUACUGGCGGAGAGGCCAUGCAACCCUAAUUAUAGAAUGGUUCAUCCAUCUUGCCAGACACGAUCAGAUCGGUCUGGGGGUGACCGGUGCACCGAUGGGGAAGGCACUGUUCUCACAUUUGGGUUUCAGCGAGGCGAAGACGGUCAAGAUUCCGGGGUAUGAUGACCACAUUGGUCCUCUCUAUGCGUGGCUUGGACUCUGGGAUGUCAAGGUAGAGGAUUCUGGCCCUACAACGGACAAGACUUCUGCAGAAUUGUAAUAUGGUUGAGAAUAUGACUCAACCAUUUCCCGACCAGAAUUAGGGUGUGCUAGUCACGAAGCAAGAUAGAACCCCGACAUAAUCGCUAAAAACAUAACAUGUCAUGUGGCUUCGAUACUGGGAAAAACAGGACAGUGUGUAAAUGUUCAUAAAUCUA